AUGAUCGACGGGCCCCACGUGCCGAGUGAGACGUCCAUCCCGUUGCUGACAUCUGGGACAUCGGAGACGACAAGCCCUCCCACACAGCUUGGUACACAAGACCCUCGAGACGAUGCUCACACUUUGCUUGCUCAUCAUCACCGAGGCGUGGUCCUCCCUCAGCAUGUCCAUGCCGGCGAGCCCGAGGAUUUGGAGAAGCAGUGGCAAGAAGCGGUGGCUCCUGUCUUGACUGAACAAUGUAAUAUUGCUGGAGAUCUUGCAUUGCGAGUGGGCAGUCUCGAAAGUGAAGUCAACGUGGCCAUCGCGGCUCGUCUCGAGAAGCUUGAAAAAGAGGUCUUUGCUGUGUCAUGUAGGCUGCAGAUGAAUCAGCUCGACUUCGAUGCAAAGGGCCCUACAAGCAGAAGUUGCAUGAUCGGAGUGAUCGAGGCUGACCCGAAGAGGGCCAUCGAGAGGCUGGACAGCAAACUGGAUGCUGCCGUGCACCAGCUAAUAGAGCAGGUUCAACAGCUGCGAUCAGUGACAAGCGAACGAUUCCGCGAAACAGAACAGAAGAUCGCGGACUGUGAAGCCGCCUUGACAGUCUGCGCACCGCCUGGGAGGGAGGUUGGUAGGGAGGCUGACGGGCUCCUACAGAGUGACCUGCAGGACUUUCGGCCGACAGGCCCUGGCCCUGCACUUGCAAAGACUACGAGCAGCAGGAGUCCAGGGCGACUCGACCCAGUGGGUGCUCUUCGGAACGCCUCACCCGCAGCUCGGCCACUUUGCCGUCGGCGUGGUUGGGCUUCUGGAGCUUUCCGGACUGCCCCGGCUAGCCCCUCCGUCCAACCACUCCAAACUGAGAGCGUCGAUUUCUUUGUGCCACGUGCCGCUGCAGCAGUACUCCCUGAUGCCAACAUCCAAGAGCUAGUCCACAGGGUUUCAGAGAUGCAGCGCGAGGCCGUGCCAAACGUCUCAGGUGCGUGGGAUGUUUCGGAUCGAAUAGCAAGCGAUCUCGGUGCUGAGGUUUCACCGAUUGAUACAGAUGACAUGGAUGCAUGGUAA